AUGGAAGAUUUAUUCGAGUUCCUAACUCAAUCCGCAUUUCAAGAAAUCAUCGAACAUAACCAGACUGCGAACACCAAACAUGUUCCGAAAGCUCAUUCAGCGCAUGGAAAGUUACGCGAUAUAUCCAGUCGUAACUUACGCGAAUGCGUUAUCCACCUGUUGGCACUAAAGCCGCUCAAUAAGCUUGAACUGAAUGAGCGUCUACAAAAAGAUGGCAUACGUAAGCCUGAAGAAUCUUUAAUUGGAAAUGUUCUGGCGGAAGUCGCUCAACUACGCAACGACGAGUACAGUUUGAAGCACUGUAUGUGGAACAAAGUGAAAACAAAUUGGUCUUAUUACACGGAACAGGAACGGCAGCAGUUGGAGUUGCGGAAAACACAGAGUCUUUUAAGUCCAACCGGCUUAGACGAAGAUACCUCAACUCCGAUCUCUCCUACAAGAAUUAGCGCCUCUCUACCGAUUCAGGAAAAAGCUGUCAUCGAAAUCUGUGGAAAGCGUCCGUGUUUGGAGUACGACGAGCCGCAGAUUAAGAAAAAACGACGCAGUAGCAACAACAUCCAUUCUCAGCUAAAUAUUAAGAACACUACCAACAAAAGUACAUCCAACGGAACACAACCGGAUCACAAGCAGAUCCCACACAAGGAACCAGUUAUUCUACUACCCUCCAAAGGAGCUAGUAAUAAUACCGCUAAGAGGAGCCCACACCAAGAACCAACUCGGCAGAAAAUCCACAAAGAGUCAGUUCCAGAGAUUGAUUAUAAAACUCAGAAGAAGAGUUUGGAACCAGUCAUCAUACCAGUUCUCCAAACAACAACUACAGAGCAUCCUGUUAUUGAAAAAAAGUUAAUCCCAAGCUACGACUUUAGUCUUUACUCGACUGUCGAAAGCAUUGAACAGCGAAGUGAGUACAAAUGCGAUUUUGAGCGCAUUUACGAAGAAUACUUUCGACUACGACGGCGUGUCGAAGAAGUGCGUUAUAUUUUCCGUGUACUUCCUGAACAGUUGAAAAAUGUGCCCGAAGGAUCUUCGGAAUAUCAGCGUAUCUCGAACCGAAUUUUCGCUGAAUUCGAGCGACUCAAUUCUAAGGAAGAGAUUGAGGUCAAGCGACGUUUUGACUAUUUGGAGGCGAAGUUGAUCCAUAUCCAACAGCGUGUAGAUGAUUUUGACCAGAAGCUGGCGAAGGAAAGUGCAGCGCAGGCUGCGCUGGCCGCAUACUCACAAAGAUAG